AUGGAGCACCAGCUUCAGGAUCUCCUUGAACAAGGCGGUCUUUCGCACACCAUCCAGGGCUUCAUCGACGGCGGUGUGACUACUGUGCAACAGCUUAAGCAACUCACAAUGCAGGAUUAUCAGUCUGUUGGUAUCAUCGUCAUGACGGACCGUCGAAAACUCUUUGAACUUAUUCAGUAUAUGAAGCGAGAACAAACCAACGCCGCCCCCGUGGCCUCUGCGGAUGUGUCACGCAAUGUGGAUCACAAUUCCCACGCAACAUCCACGCCAGCCGUCAGGAAUACCACCCCGUCUCGCCGCAGUAGCACUCCCUCCGCAGCGCAAUGGAGGGCAGAGCACGAGAAUGCCCGCAUGUACGAAGCCAAGCACACCGCUGCAGUCCGUCGCGACCCCGUUCACAUGAACGAGGAUGCGGAAACCUCAACAACAACAAAGGCGACGCCCAGUUCACGCCCUCUCAGCCGACUUGCGCGCGCCUCACCCACGCCGCUUGCCCGAAGAGCGACAGAAGGAGGUGGGGUAAAGCGCAAAGCUAGCCGCAUCAUCGUCGCGGUGCGCAAACGCCCGCUGAACAGUUCAGAGCUAAACGAAGGGCUAUACGAUGUCCUCGCUACAGACCCAGAUAAUAUGCGCGCCAUCGCCCUCUUGGAGCCGAAGCAAAAGGUGGACCUGACAAAGUAUAUUGAGAAGCAUCGAUUCACAUACGAUUUGGUUUUGGAUGACAAACAGAGAAACCGUGAUGUGUACGAAAAAGCCUGCAAGCCUCUCAUUGAGACUGUUUUUGAGGGUGGAUGUGCGACCUGUUUUGCGUACGGACAGACAGGAAGUGGUAAAACAUACACUAUGCUGGGAAAGGAUGAUCAGGAAGGCAUUUACCUUAUGGCUGCACGAGAUCUGUACGCGCGAUUAGAACCGGGAAUGGGCAUCAUGGUGUCCUUUUUUGAGAUUUACGGGGGAAAAUUGUUUGAUCUCCUCAACGAGCGUGAGAAGCUUGCGUGUCGCGAAGAUAGCCGUGGUGUCAUCAAUGUCUGCGGACUCACAGAACAUCGUGUUGAUGAUACUGAUCACCUCAUGCGUGUCAUCGACUAUGGAAACUCCAUUCGCGCAGCUGGAUCCACUGGUAUGAACGCGGACUCCUCCCGGUCGCACGCUAUCCUUCACAUCACUGUCUUGAACGCCAAGAACCGUUUCUUUGGAAGAUUUACAUUUAUUGACCUCGCAGGUAGCGAACGGGGUGCCGAUACACUUGACAGUGACCGCACGACACGUCUCGAAGGCGCCGAGAUCAACAAGUCACUGCUGGCACUAAAAGAGUGUAUCCGUGCGCUUGAUCAAAAUCACCGUCACAUACCAUUUCGUGGUUCGAAACUCACAGCAGUGCUUCGGGAUUGUUUUACAGGGAACAGUCGAACUGUGAUGAUAGGUAACGUGAGCCCUGCUAGUGGAAGUUGCGAGCACACACUUAAUACCCUGCGCUACGCGGAUCGAGUGAAGGAGCUUAAGAAGGACAAGUCUUCACGGGUCGCUGCGGAGGAGAUCAUGAUUGGACAAAUGCCAAGUGAAGAGGUUGAGACCCUUGGUAUUACUGGCACAUUUGCCCAACGACGUGCGCGCGAAAAAAAGAUCAGUACGCGGUCUUCGAGUCAGCUCUCACAGCGCGAGCCGGGGACACCAAAUCUGAAACCGUACAGUGGAUACGGCAGCGGUUAUCGCCCGAAGGCUCCUCAGCAUCGUGUCCCAAUGAGUUGCAAAGAAGAUGACUACCCGAACUUUUCGGAUAGCAUCCGCUCCAGUAAAGUUGCAAGCAGCGGUCCUGAGAGGGUGUACGCCAGGGCGACACCGAAGCACAGCCGUGUUGGUAGUGAGGCGUCUAUCCGUGAUGCUAGUCCUUAUGAGAUGGCUUCUUUUGCAAGCGGAAAUUCUUUAGACGACGAUGAGGACAAUGUCAUCUUGGGCCACCGUCGGCAUAUUGACGCCAUGAUGGAGCUCCUAAAGCAAGAGAUGACGGAGCUCAAUGGUGUCGAAGUGCCAGGAGCCUCCAUCGAAACGUAUUGCAGAAAUGUCGACAACAUACUUACCCGCCAGGCCAAAAACAUUGAGGGUGUUAGGAAUAUGAUAAAACAGUUAAUGAAACACGUAGAAGCCCGUCAUCGCCGCUAA